UCUAUCAAACGCUCUUUGUCUUUCAUUGUUUGUCAAUUUUGUUAAUAACAAUUUGAUACUGAUAUUAAAAAUUGAAUUGAAUUGAUACUGAUAUCAAAAUAAAUACAAUUCCUAUUCACAAUAAAUAUUAACCUGAAUAUAAUACAAAGGAGUUGUCUAAAAUGACGGACGAACGCAACUUUCGGUCAUCGUAUUACGAAAAAGUCGGAUGCCGGGGUGUCGAAGAAAAAAAAUCUUUAGAAAUUCUUAUGAAAGAGAAACCAUGGGAUAAAGUGAAGCUGAAGCAGUUUUGUUUGCGAUUCACUGUACCUGCAGCGUACAGGAACUUAGUAUGGAAGGUGUUGUUGGACAUACUGCCAGUUUACCCAGACUCCCACCAGUUUGUGAUGGAGCAGAGAACAGAGCAGUACCAGGAUCUCUUGUACGCUGUGGAGUUACUGGAGCUCAUAGAUAUGAACGCUCCUAGAAGCAAAAUCCUGUUGGAAAUGUGGCUGCUUGAAAAUGAGGAACGGAAACCCCCUGUGUUCCUUGAAACUAAUUUUUGUUCUGCAGACACAUUCAUACCCAUAGCAGAGACAUUGCUAGAAUUGUAUGGGGAUGAAGUGGAUGUCUAUUGGCUGUGCAAGAGUUUGACAGAGGUGGUAAAACAGAUGCAGCGAGACAUACACAAGCUAAAGGAGGCGUUCUAUGCCAUGCUAGAGAAGGAGGAUGGAGAGUUAUUUACACACCUAUGUGACAUCAAUGCACUGGAGGUGUUACCGCUGACAAAGUGGUUCAACUGUUGCUUUGCAGGUGUUUUGGACGAUACAUCAUUGACAAAAAUUUGGGACAAAUUGUGCAGUGGUGCCCCAAAAGUAUUGCCAUUUGUGGCUGUAAUGCUAGUUAUUACGUUACGACGAAAAAUUCUAAGGGCUAAAAAUCCUGAAGACGUCAUAAAAUGCGUUUCAGAGAUACCAGAACAAUGUGAAGAAGUGAUAGCAAAUAAAGCUAUAGACUUAUGGCAGUACUACGGAGCUCAGCCGCAGAACGAUCAACUGGCGAAAAAAUGAUGUAUGACCUUCUAAUGAGUCUAACUCAUUAGAAGGCAUACCUUUGGAAUGGAUAGGAGGUAGAGUUGACCGAAUAAGUUUUUUCGGCUUAAAAAAAAUAACUUUCAAAAUUAAAUCGUAAAUUAUAUGUGGCUAUUGUUAUAAGGUAAGAUUGCUUGUAAUAUGUGUAAGUAACAUGUACAUAAUUGCUGUUUGAGUAAUAAAUAUUAUGUUAAAAUUUAUAAACCAAAAA